AUGCAUCCUUCUCUCCUCCUCUCACUCACCCUAAUUCUUCCACUCUCCGCCGCCUCAUCGCCGCCGCUCCACCUCUCCAAAACCCACCUCCGGCGGCCUAACUCAGCCCCCGCACCGCCCCAACAAUACAUCGAAGUGAGCCGCCCCCUCCCGUUUGACUCCCUCACCCCCUCGUGCACACUUCCCCUCCUCUCCAACAACUACUCCUCCCCCACCAACUGCUCCUGGUCGAACGCCGUCCUCCACUUCUCCGCCGCUUCCAACGGCUCCCACCGCGGCCGCAUCGCCGGUAUCUGGCUGUCCGGCGCGGAGCUCGCCCGCACCAGCACCCCCGACCCCACCCCGGAAGGAACAUUCUGGAACUUCCGCAAGGACGUCACCCGCUACGCCUCCCUCCUCCGCCGCUCCAACCUCACCCUCUCCCUCACGCUGCACACCCUCGCCGGCCACCUCACCAACGACACCUAUCACGUCAACAUCACCUUCCUCUACUACGACGUUACCUCCCUCUUCCGGCCACAACAGAGCUCUGCAUCUCUCGAAUUAAAUGAAAAUCCCGCAGACCUCAUCAUACCCAUCUCUGCAGCCGGAGACGAAGGCCACUGGUUCAAAAUCCAGAGAGAAUCGGACUCACUUCUCCAAAAAAUUCAAAUUCCAUCCAACACAUACAGAGCUGUGAUCGAGAUCUACGUUUCAUCGCAUGAAAAGGAUGAGUUCUGGUACGCCAAUCCACCGGAUUACUACUUAGAGAUCAAUAAUCUUCCAACCAAGAGAGGCCACGGCUCAUACCGCGAAGUCGUCGUGAAACUCAACGAUAACGUGGUCGGAGCAGUGAUUCCUUUCCCAGUAAUCUACGGCGGAGGAAUCGAUUCUCUAUUCUGGCAGCCUCUGGUUUCAAUUGGAGCAUUCGAUUUUCCCACUUACGAGCUCGAAUUGACGCCAUAUUUAGGCAUGCUGCUGGAAAAGGGGGAUAAUCCGCAUUUCCUAGGGUUGGAGGUCGCCGAUGCGCUUUCAUAUUGGCUGAUCGACGCAAAUCUGCACCUAUGGCUCGACAACAAUGGCGAUAGGGUUUUGGCCGGCCCGAUCGAGUACAGCGAUCCACGCAUCUGCCUGGAACGCGAGUCGAAAUUCCACGAGCUGGAUGGGAAAUUCAAGGUGGAAGGAGAGAGGAAGAGCGAGGUGUCGGGGUGGGUGAAGUCGAGCGCGGGCAACUUGACCACCAAUGUGUACAGCAAGGUAGAAUUCGAAAGCAAGAUAGUGUUGAAGCACAACGGGACGAAGAUGAGGGUGAAGCAGGAGGUGAAGGUGGUGGAUAAGGUGCACGUGAGGUCUGAUUCAGGGCAGUCGGUGGCCCAAGUGGCAAGAGAGAGAAGGUACCCUCUGCAGGUGAGGGCGACGGCGAUGGCGGGAUCGGAGAAGGAGACGUACUGGAUCGCGGCGGAGCUGGAGCACUCUUUGAAGGAGGAGAAGAAGGGGAGCGGCGGAUUGAGGAGCGAAUCCGAGAACAGACAGAAGUGUAGGGGGUGGAUGUUUGUGCGAGAGUGUGAGAUCCUGUCGGGCAUGGCGGCGACGUCGCAGAGCUAUUAUGCCAAGGAUGGGUAUGGAUGCUAUGCGCGGCGGGUUGUGGCGGAGGGCGGCGUUGUCAAGAAUGACACGCACAGCGUGCUGUGUGCUGCUUCCUCUUCCUCCUAG